AUGAAUCAGCACAAUCAACUUUAUUCGGACAUCGCUAGCUAUACUCCAAUUUAUCCCGGGAAUUUCGGGUUUGAUGUUGAUCAAGAACCCCCAUUCCCCAUGGGCUCUCAUGGAUUCGUGAAUCAAAUUGACGAAAAGCCAAAGAUUUUGCUAAUGGGGCUCCGAAAGAGUGGCAAAUCGUCCAUUCAAAAAGUGGUUUUCCACAAAUUAACCCCAACGGAAACUCUUUUCUUGGAGAGUACACACAAGAUAGAAAAGAAUGACGUUUCUGACUGCUCAUUCAUCAAGUUUCAAAUAUGGGAUUGCCCUGGGCACAUCGACUUUUGUGAUGCCAUGUAUCAAUCCGAGGCUCUUUUUCUUUCCUCCUGUGCAGUCAUUUUUGUCAUCGAUGCUCAGGACGACUACCACGAGGCGCUCAAGAGGCUACAUUCUACUCUGGAAACUGGGGCACGCUAUAAUGUGAACAUCAAGUUUGAAGUUUUUAUUCACAAGGUGGAUUGCCUUAACGACGACCAGAAGAUUGACAUACAGCGCGACAUCACUCAGCGAGUAAUGGGUGCCGUCGAGGACCUCUCAUGUGAUCAGUCCUUGUCGAGUUUCAACAUCGGGUUUCAUCUGACCACGAUCUACGACCAUUCCAUCUUUGAAGCAUUCAGCAAGGUAGUACAGCGAUUAAUCCCAUGCUUGUAUGCAUUUGAAGAACUGCUUGAUAUUUUUAUUACGGUAAGUGCUUUUCCCUGA